AACUCGGAGAAAACGAAACAUCGAGCCGAACCAGAAGGAAAGUGGACAAGAUGGCAAUGCGUGCAGCGUUACAGAAUAAGGCUUUUCCCACUUCUUUGUCACGAAUUAUUAGGAACUCUUUUAGCACAAACACACGUUUAUGCACUGCAGUGUACGAUCAUACUAAUCCUGCAGCUGCAGAAAGAGUAUCCGAAUCUGUUAGCGAUGCACUAGCUGCAAAAGAAAAAGGGCCAUGGACUGAGCUUUCAAAAGAAGACAAAAUUGCGUUAUAUCGUUCACAAUUCCCCCAAACCAUGGUUGAAUCAGAAACGAAAGCGCCAGAAUUUGGUCGAAUUGUGUUUGGAGUGACAAUAGGUGUAUCUGUUGCAGUUGCCUUCUUCACCUUUAUGAAGAACUAUGUUGGUCCUAGGGCUCCUAUCUCCCUCACUGAUGAAUGGCGUGAAGCACAACGAGAGAAGAUGAAGUUGUACAGAAUGAAUCCCAUCACUGGUAUUAGCUCGAAAUAAUUUGUUUAUUGUGUAUUCCAAUCAUUCACGGAGUUCAUUUAGUUAAAUAUAAACAUCCAGAAUGAUAA